AUGUUAUGGGACACCCGAGACUAUUUAUAUUCAUCACCUUUUGUAAGAAUUGGUCCAUAUUUAAUUGGACUUGCAGCAGCCUAUCUUCUUGUUCGAAUAAAUCAUAAAUGGAAUGCAAAUACAAUUACUUUAGGAUUAUAUUGGCUUAUUGGAAUUGUUCUUGGUAUUGGAGUGAUGUUUUUUACAUAUGACAAACAAAUAUCUAUUUUUCAAACCGCAAUUUAUGUUGGAUUAUACAGAAUAAUUUGGGCAUUGAUUAUAAGUUGGAUUGUUGUUGCUUCUUCAACUAAUCAUGGAGGAUUAGUUAAUAAAUUUUUAUCUAUGGAAAUAUUUAUACCACUUGGUAAACUUACCUACUGUGCUUAUUUGAUCAAUCCAAUUAUUGUAAGUAUGAUUUAUCUUGGAGCUGAUGUAUCACUUCAUAUGGAAUUGUUUCUUUUAGUACCUAUUUAUUUGGGAAUGAUCUUCUUGACAUAUUUUGCUGCAUAUAUAUUCUAUGUUCUAUUUGAAAUACCUUACAUACAUCUUUUUAAAAUUUUAAAUAUUUAAAUU